GUUCGCUAUCGUAACUUCCGCUACUAUGAAAUACGCUGUGAUCUUUGUUGCUAUUGUGUGCUUGGCGCUUGUACUUCCUCACACUGAGGCUCUACCAACAACGACUGUUGGUCAAUCACCAACUCGUGUAACGGUUAAAGCAUCGAAUGAUUCAAGUGGAGACAAAAGCGGCGAAGAUUCGAAUGAAGACAAUGACGACGCUACUUCGCCACAUCCUCGACCACCACCACCCGGUGUAAGUGGAAUGCCAACCGGGAUUUCUGGACAAAUCUAAAUUUUUUCGCUUGCUGAAACCUCUCUGUGAUUGAUUGUAUAGUGUUAUUGUGCAUUUCUGGAUAGCACAAUAUAUGCCUGUCUGUGUUACGUGAAGCUUAGCCGUAAAUUUGAAUAAUGAACCUUGUGAAUAGUUGC